CGAUGCCGAUGCGGCUGGCGACUGCUUGUUCCUUGAGCAUGGCAAUUCUAGAGGAAACUUGUUAGUAUAUUGACCAUUGAAUGUGCAGUGAGCGGACUGUAGACUUACUCAUCUGCGCUGAUGCCGGCGAGGUCGAGGUCGCAUUUUUGGAAGUUGAAGGGAGCAGAGAUCUCGGAGCCGCGCUGCUUGACCUCCUUUCUGUUGCGGCGGAUCACCUUGUUGAGGAAGACCUUGAAGCCGUCGUUGGAGUGCAUGGCUGAAUCGUUUUGCAUUGUGGUGGUGGUUGUGGUUGAGGAUGUUGGGUGCGGAUGUGGUGGUAUUAUAUGCUGAUGUUGUGUGUAACUCCAGCGCCGCGGUCGUGUACACAGGGGAUAAGACGUGUUGUUUGUUUGUUGAUGGUGAUCGAAGGGAUGAUUCUUCAAGUUGUUGAUGUUCGAGAUUUCCGAAGAUGCGGGAAGAUGAGUGGUGAUAUAUCCAAAGUGAUUCCCCCUUGUCUCGUGGAUCUGGUUCCCGCUAAUCUUGCGGUGUUCCUGAAAUUCUUUGCUUUUUCUUCCAGCUCUCUGGUUCCUUGGUGUUCUUGUUGGUGGAGGUUAGGCUCAGCCUUAGAAUCUGAUGGUCAAGGGUAUAGAUUGGUUGGUUUAUUGGAUCGUUGUUUAAUUUGAUCUUGUUGUUGAUUUGAAUGCUGGUGGAAGAAG